GGCCAGUAUUAAUUAAAGACGGCAAACAAAAACAACAAUCCUCGAAGAUGAACUUAAAUACUGUUCGGCAUAACCUUCCUCGUUUCUUCUCCACACUUCUCAGAUGACUCUUUAAUUUGAUCUCUUUUUCUCAGUCUAAACCAAAACUAAACCCACUUCCCAGGAAACCCGAAUAGUUUCCGGUCUCCCCCGGGAGAGAAACACAAAAAACCUUCAUCGUCGUGUACUUUUACCUCUCUUUACUCCUUACCCGUACACUCCGUAUUCUCUCCCUUUCUUCAUUUUCGGUUGAUUUGAAUUUUUUCUCCUGGUUUCGAAAGAGGAGGAUUAAAGGUUAAAAGAGGGACGAAUGAACGCAGAACGUGGAAGGAUCAUUUCGUCGUCCGGGUCUUCGGCUUUGCAUGUGCCCAAAGGUGGUUUCCGGGGUUCGAAAGUAGUCGAUGCUCAUCAUGAACUCGAUCUUUGGAAUCUAAGGCACUCAAAUCCCAAAGCCGUUCCAAAAGUUCUGCGAAGUCGGCGGGACCGGGAUGAGGAGUUGCAAAGACAAAUUCGACGCUACACCAGAGUUCUUUCCAGAACCCGAUCGAAAAGUCGCCGGAAUCGUCAGGAAUCUUGUGAACAUUGUUCCCACCACUCCUGCAAUUGUCCUCAGUGUCCAGUGAAAAUCACGAAAAGCGCUGAAAAUCGGUCUCGGAGCAGCAAAAGAAAGUUGUCCAAACCCAGGCGGGAUAACAGACCCUCGGUCGCUGAAUCGUCUUCAUCUUCGAGCAUCGCAGUGAAGUGCGACGAAGUUCGGGAAUAUUUGGACGAGCUUUCAUUUCAAAAGCACGUCGGGAAAGAGGAAAUCGUAGAGCAGAAAUUACUGCGAUCACAGGGAGGGAAGAACGAGAAUAAUUGCGAGAUGGAGAAGAGGGAAGACAGUCCGAAACGGUGUGGCAAAAAGCCUGAGAGAGAGAAACAGGUUAAUCAAGAGAAAAACCAGGAUUCGCUAUUGUCGAAGAUUUCGAAACAAUCACGGAUUGCAAAUGCAUUGAUUUCUUUCCCUGCUGCUGCCAAUGCUUUCGUUAAGGCAACUCAGCAGCGAACCGCCCCGAUACAACCUGCUUCUUCCAGCACUAUGGAGGGAAUCGAUGGAUUGAAAACCGCAGUUAUCCUGCAUAAGUUGAACGGAGAUCGACGUGGUCUCGAACAGAAGGCUGAGGCUGAAGUGAUUGCAAAACUUCAGGGCAUUUCAUUAGAGCACCAUUCGUUGCCGAGGGUGAGAACAGGCAGGGAGUCUAAUCAGCAGCAGCACAACUCGACCCGGAAGCAGAACAACAACAACCCUACUUCCGGACUUCCGCAGCAGCAAGCACGUCCGUCCACUUCAGCGUCCAGGCGUCAGCAAGGAUCUGCGACGACCCAGCAGCAGAAAGUGCUGAAGUAUAAAUCAAUUCCCACGAAUUUCCAUACCACUCAUCAAAAUCCCAAAAGUGUUGAUUUCCGCGGACAUGUGCCAGGGUAUCAGAAUAUGAACCCGUCCACCCUGGCAGAGCACAAGGCCGCCAACACAGUGACUUUGCAUCAGUUGCCCGUGGCGGCGACCGAAGACUUCAUCGCGACCUCAGCAGGGCCGUCUUCCAGGGUCAAGUCAAAGGACGGCGCCGGUCUUCAGCCCGCCGGCUCACACAUGCUCAAGCCGAAGGCGUCGGAAAUGCCGUCGCCGUUUUACAAGAAACGAGCUGCAGGGCCGAUCGAUUCUAGGAACUUUUUCCCCGACACUGACGAGAUUGCCGAGGAGAUCCGCAGCUAUGGGCCGAUCGGCGUCAAGCGAGACGGCAAGGGUCAUCGGGAAUUUUACAUUCACAAUCAAGAGCCGCCUGCUGAAACUAAGAACCCUCUGGCACAUCUGGCAACCGAUGACGACACCGGAGCUCUGUGCUAUCAAGAUGGCGGCGCCCCUGUCGGCGGUGCGCACGCGAUGAUCCGCCAGCAGCGGCGUCGGCGCCACGACAAAUCCGAGUCACACACCGCCACUGGGAGCCGCCAGCAUUCUGGCUCUCACACAGGCGCCGCUUUAAGUAAUUGUCAGCAUGAACUGGAUGAAAACGACGGCGACAGGCAUUCGUACCCUGACGAGCAAUUCAAAGAAGCUCUAGACUUGCCACCUAUGAACCCGGGAUCAUCUUCGUCGUCGUAUAGCAUUGAAGGCGCCGAAGCAACGAGAUUUGACGAAGACAAUUGGGAGGAAGAUACGAGAAGGCAUCGAAGUCGUGACGAAGGAGGAGCGGAAUUUUCAAAAGAUCCCGUGCGAUUCUCUUCUGGUGGACCAAAAACUGCAACCAAGAGUGUUGGACGAAAUGCUGAAACGCGACAGAUCCUGGCCGAUUCUUGUACUGUCGUCGAUGAUGUCGAACCUGUUCCCCGUUCAUCGACACCCCGAUCAACGACAGUUAGAUUCUCAUUUGCGACUGACGAUGACGUCAAGAAACUGCUGCGAGAGUUACGCGACGAACCGGAAACGGAUAAUCCCGCGGAUUUGGCACGUGGUGACGGAUCAGUUGCGGAAAUGCUCGAGUUGCAGGAGGGUAGCCCCGGGAAUCGGAAACUGAGUCACUUACUGAGGAAUGAGCAUGAAAAGCUGCGAAUGAAGCUUCGUUAUCGACGGCUGGCCCGUGAGAAGAUGAAGGAGAAACAAGCCGAGGCGUCGACCGAAUUCAGCUCAACGUCCGUCGAACUUCAUCAAGUCACUUCCGAGGAUAUCGCUAUUGAAUUGGGCAAAUUUUCCGCAGAGAAUGUUCCGGAAAAUGAUCUUAAUGAGAACGACGCGGGCGAGGAGGAGUCUAAUGAUUUCGGUGGUUCAGUUGACCUGGAAUCUCCUGCGGAUCCCCUGGAUGAUGUCCGAUCGUCGCGAGCAGCUGCUGGAACUUCGAGCCAAUCGAAAUCAAACGUAGACAGGAAAACCAUAAAAGAUUGCUGUACCCCUAGAUUUUCGCAAAUACAGAAACCCAAGAAGCAAAUGUCGGAAGCUGUUCAGAAAGACGUUGAACGGGUCCCGGUCCAAACGCGUGGGUUCGAUCCGUGUGGAGAAAGAAUUGAGACUCCGAAAAAUGCAUUCGAGCCUGCUGAACCUGGUCUUGAGGAUAAGAUUCCGAGUUUGCCGCUGUUUUUGGUGGACCAAAUAGCGACCCGAGUUUGCCAGACGGUGAAUGAGCGGUUGGACAGUCUGGAAAAGCGAAUGAAUUGCUUUGACCCACCGAAGCAGACGGUUUUAGAAAAGCCGAAGAAACAAAGGCCCUGCAAGUCGACGAAAGAAGAGUUCAUUCCAAUAUCAUGUCCUCUGAAAAUUCCAAAGGCUUCGAAGAAGUAUCGGAAAAUAUGUGACGACAUGUGAAGGGAUUCAAGUUAUAGAGAAGCUGUUUUCUUCUCCCAAUUCUUUGGUGAUCAAAGGAACUUGACAGUAUUGCUAUGGCCGUUUUCAUUGCCCUGUUAUUUUUCUUUCGUGGAGGCCUAAAAAAGGGACGAGAUUAAAGUACUGUAUUUUGAAAA